UUUAAUCAUCAUCCCUAAUAAAAAAAUAUACAAAAAGUCGUCACCGAUCAUUUUGACCAAUCUCCCAUAAAGUCCUCAAGAACCAUCCCAAGUCCCAACAAACAAAUGGCCUUAACCUAUUGUUAGUAUAUCAUCAAAUCCUCAAUGUCCAUCUCUCUUCUCCUCAUCCUCUGCGUCAUCUUCCCGUCAUGCUUCUCCGCCGAUCAACAGUACGAGGAGUGCCGUCUACCCCUGAGAUGCGGAUCUGAACCGUCCCUGUUCCCCAACAUCACUUAUCCAUUUUGGGGUAAUACCAUCGGCAAACCAAACUACUGUGGCCAAACAGAGUUCGAGCUUUCAUGCAGGAAGAAUCAAACACUAACCCUGGAGUUAGAAAAUUUCACUCUUCGAGUUAUUUCUGUGAAUCUUGAAAAUAAGACCAUCAUCGUAGCUGAUGAUAGUUUGUUCGAGGAUGGUUGCCCACACAUUUUCAACUUCACCGGGGCUAAGCAGUUCACGUUAAACCAUAACACCGAGAUGAUCGAUCUAUUCAACUGCCCUGUUAAUUACCCGCCAACAUCGCCGUCAACGGUUUCUUGCCAGCUAAGCAAGGACAAUCCGAUAACAUAUCAUGUCUUUGGAUCGGCUCAUCCUCUUCCAAAUUGUACCAGGGCCGGAGAAAUACCGAUGCUUAGGUCUGCUAAGAACGAGCUUAACCAGUCAAAUCAAACAUUGAAGAUGACUUUAGAAAAAGGGUUCGAGUUGAGGUACGAUAAAGAAGACAAGACUUGCCGGGAUUGUACCGAUACGAGUGGGAUAUGUGGUUCGGAGUCCGGGUCGGGAAAUUUCCAGUGUCUGUGUACAGACAAGCCUCACGAGUUAUCCUGUCACGACGAAAGAGUUUCUUCAGGUCCAAAUUAUAAGGUGAAGGUCGGCAUAGGUGCUGCCGCUUCGGUCUUUGGAAUAUCAGCAGCGAGCCUCGCUUGGUUUGUGUACCAUCGCAGAAUAACCAAAAUUUACAGAACUUCUUCAGCUUUGCUUCCAAGAAACCUCUCAGAUCAAUCUUCAAAGCCUUCUUCAGACAUCGAGAAAGCAGAGGAACUGUUAGCCGGUGUUCGUCUCUUCUCUUACGAAGAGCUCGAAGAAGCCACAAAUAACUUCGACCCAUCUAAAGAACUCGGUGAUGGAGGCUUUGGUGCUGUCUACUACGGUAAGCUUAAAGAUGGACGAAGCGUGGCUGUGAAACGCUUGUACGAAAACAACUUUAAAAGAGCAGAGCAGUUCAGGAACGAAGUUGAGAUCUUAACAGGUUUACGCCAUCCUAACCUCGUGACUCUCUUUGGAUGCUCCUCAAAACAGAGCCGUGAUCUCUUGCUAGUGUAUGAGUAUGUUGCGAACGGCACGUUAGCUGAUCAUCUACAUGGUCCCCAUGCUAGCCCUAGUGCACUUCCUUGGUCUACACGUCUCAAGAUCGCAGUUGAAACCGCCUCUGCCUUGAAAUAUCUCCACGCCUCUGAGAUCAUCCACCGUGAUGUUAAGUCCACUAACAUCCUUCUCGACCAAAACUUCAAUGUCAAGGUUGCGGACUUUGGACUCUCAAGACUGUUUCCUACUGGUCAAACGCAUGUAUCAACGGGUCCACAGGGAACUCCAGGCUACGUUGAUCCAGAAUACCACCUAAGCUACCAACUCUCCAACAAAAGCGACGUGUACAGCUUCGCCGUAGUGCUUAUGGAGCUUAUCUCCUCGCUUCCAGCUGUAGACAUGACAAGACCGCGCCAAGAGAUCAACCUCUCGAACAUGGCAGUCCUUAAAAUACAGAACCGUAAGCUCCAAGAAAUGGUUGAUCCUUCACUUGGGUUCGACACGAAUACAGAAGUGAGACAGACCGUGAUCGCAGUCGCUGAGCUGGCGUUCCAGUGCUUGCAGUCGGAUAAAGAUCUUAGGCCGUGUAUGACGCACGUGACGGAGACGUUGACGAGGAUACAGAACAAUGGGUUUGGUUCGGGAAUGGAUGUUGCGGAUGUGAGUAAGAGUGGACCGUUGGCUGCACAGUCUGUGGAUGUUGCAUAUGUGAACAAGAGUGGACCGUUGGUGGCACAGUCUCCUGAUAGUGUAAUUGUGAAAUGGAAUAGUAAGUCAACUUAGUCACACGGAACACUAACAUUUGUAUGUGUUUAUCAGAAUAUUAAUGUUUAAGAUUGUUAACGACCAGUUAGAGAUUGGUGUUUGUGUUCCGUAAUGGAUUGAUUUUUUGGGAA